GUUGUUUCUGGUCCCGGUGUAAAUAGUGACCAAAACAAAAACAAAUUUUAUGUUUGAUUCGUUGGGUAAUUGCUUGCUUGGAACAGUAACAGUUUGUUCAUACGAUUUAACUGCGCGUUGCCGACGAAAAGCCUCUCUGUGUAGCCUGACACUCAUCAUAAAAUUCCAAGAAGUCUAAACAUUAAGCUGUCAGUUCUCUACUGUGCCUUUCAAACCCGGAUCGUUUUGCGGCCUUUCGUCAUGAGGGGUAGAGAAGCAAGAGGAGCUGCUAGCAAGAAGACUAAUCUGCCAGAGAAAAGUAAAUUAUCAAAUCAGGAUUCACAAGAGAAUUCAUCCAAAACUGUGACCCGUUCGUCUCGUAAAACUAGCAAUGCUAAUGUACUUGUCACGGAAGAUCAUGGUAAUGGUGGUGAGGCAUCUAACACAGUGACUGAGCCAGGAAGUUCUACGUCUCUUUCCUCUCGUUUUAAAAAGGCAGAAAAAACUAAACUUUCUCAUGGUCAGAACCCUACUAAUUCCGUGGUCUCAACGACAGAGUUAGGGCAGACAAAGAAGCGUGCCAAAGUCAGUAUUGCAUACGAAAAAGAAACGAAGAGAGACAAAUGGGAACCAUCAAAUUGGAUUCAAAUUUUACAUAAUAUAAGGGAAAUGCGAAAGAGUGCUGAUGCCCCUGUUGAUACAAUGGGAUGUGACAAAUGCAUGGAAGAUGAAGGCACACCUGAGAUUUUGCGAUACCAAACCCUUCUCUCACUUAUGCUGUCUAGCCAAACAAAGGAUGUAGUAACUCAUGCGGCAAUGGGGCGCCUUCGUAAACAUGGUUGCACUAUUGAAAAUAUUUUGAAGACAGAUGAUAAAGUACUUGAAGAUUUAAUCCAUCCUGUUGGCUUUAAAAAGACAAAAGUGCAGUACAUCAAGCGAACUUCUGCUAUUUUGCUAGAUAAAUACAAUGGAGACAUACCUGAUACAGUUGAAAAAUUGUGCGAGUUGCCUGGUGUCGGACCCAAAAUGGCACAUUUGUGCAUGAAUUGUGCUUGGGGUGUUGUAACAGGGAUUGGUGUUGACACCCAUGUUCACCGCAUUUCCAAUAGACUUGGUUGGGUUCCUCAUCCAACUAAGAAUCCGGAGGAGACUCGUAAAGCUUUGGAAGAUUGGCUACCAUCUGAUUUAUGGAGUGAAGUAAAUCACCUGCUUGUAGGAUUUGGACAGCAAAUAUGUCGCCCAGUUGGACCUCAUUGUACAACUUGUUUAAAUGUUGAAAUUUGUCCUUAUGCUCUGUCCCCUAAUACUAAGAGCCCACGCAAACGUUCUCCAACUAAAAGCCCCAGCAAAAAGUGAUGCAUGUUAGUCCCCCCUUUAACCAAUCGGUUUUAUAAAAAAAAAACUUUUAUUAUUUUUAGUUGUUUUUUUUUAUUUGGGGAACUGUUUGAUCAAACCAAACAAUUUUCAUAGUUCUUUCCAUCUUUAUUUGGUCAUUGCUUCCAGAAUGUUCAGAAAAACGUGUUACAACCUUUCAUAGGUAAAUGGUGCUGUACUGCAGAGGCUAUGGAAAUUUGUAACAUGAAUUUCAUUAUAUCCUGUAGGUGCUAGUGGUAACAAUCUUAAACAUAUUUCUUAUGUAAGGAACUGUAAUAAUGGCCAAAUAUGUAUUUGAAACAUAUAGCUACUUUGCUGUCGUGAGCAGGGCAGGGCUCCUUUGUAUAUUGGAAGCAAUUGGUCUUGAUUUAAGCAAUACUAAAAGUGAACAGGGUUUA